GCCGUGAGAGAUCUCCUUCAGUGUUCAGUCUGUUUCCUGCUUCCCGUCAUCAGCUCUUUGUUUCUCCUUUAGAACCGAGCCGGAUUCCGGUCUGAACCAAUUUAAACCGGCUCUGAGCGCGACCCGGGACCAGUACUACACCCGGACUUACGCCCGAACUUUAAACUUACUAAAACCCGAUUUUUUUCCUCCACAUCUGUCUCACCUGCAGACAGAGACACCUGUCGCCAUGUCAUCCAGCCGGUGACCGGGACUCACCGGGAGGACACACAGAAUACGCAACACGGAAUAAGUCAAACAUAAAGGGGGACAAACCGGGACCGGAACCGACAUGGAUCUACUGGACACAGGAGAGAAGUUCAGCCCCAGACAGGACCCGGACUGGGACACGGCGCUGCAGUUCCUGCCGGCCUCAGACAGCCGUCAGCUGGAGAAGAAGCCUGGCCGCAGGAAGAAGGUGUGGGUGGGCGUGGCUCUGGUGGCGGCGGCGGCGGCGGUGGCGCUGCUGAGCGGACUCCUCGUCUGGCACUUUCACCUGCGCAGAGACGUCAGAGUGAAGAAGGUUUUUAUCGGCGCCAUGGGGAUCAACAACCAGCGCUACGAAGCAGCGUAUGAAGAUCCCAGCAGCCCCAAGUUCUCCCACCUCGCCGCUCUCGUCAAGAAACAGCUGAAGCUGAUUUACUCCAAAAACUCAGUGCUGGCCAAAUCCUAUAAAGGCGCCUCAGUGCAGGCCUUCAGCGAGGGGGACGGCGGCGGGGACACCAUGGUGGCGUACUACCAGUCAGAGUUUGACGUCCACGUCCUCCAGCAGGCGUCUCUGGACGAGGCCAUCGAGUCUAUGGAUGCAGGAAGUCCUGCCGGGCGCAGCAUGGGGCUGCGACCCGUCGACGCUCUCAACGUCAGAAACGUUGUCUCCCGAGCAAUGGACCCGCGCAUGGCCAGGAAAAGUUUAUACGUGAAGAAGUCGUUUAACCGUCACGUGAAGGAGCCGGGGAUCGUCCAGUCUCCAGGGUUCCCUGACUCCUCGUACCCCCCCAACGUCUACCUGCAGUGGCGGCUGAGGGCCGACCCGGGUCACCGGGUCCGCCUCGACUUCCACACUCUAAUCCUGGAGGACGACUGUCAGCAGGACUUCAUCCAGAUCUACGACUCGCUGGCUCCCAUCGAGCACCGAUUCAUGACAGAACAGUGUGGGUACCCUCAUGACUCUCUGUCCUUCCUGUCCUCUGGGAACGUCAUGUUGUUGACUCUGAUCACAAGCGAGGAAAAAAACUUCCCGGGAUUCAGAGCCAACUACUCCCAGAUCCCGCAGACUCAGCAAGAGUGUGGAGGGACACUGAGGGGAGACCGAGGCUCCUUCUCUUCACCGUUCUUCCCGUCAAACUAUCCACCGAAGACCAAGUGUGUCUGGAACAUCGAGGCCUCAAAGGAAAAGUUCCUGAAGGUUCAGUUCAACAAGUUCUCCUUGGGGAAUUACAGCAGUGAGUGUCGCGGUGAUUAUGUGGAGGUCAACGGUAAAAGAAUGUGUGGCAGUAAACCAAAGAGCACCGUGGUCACCAGCCGGAGCAACACGAUGACCAUCACAUUUAACUCGGACUCGUCCCACGUUGACCAAGGUUUCACCGCUGAGUACGAAGCCUAUGUCCCGACGAACCCGUGUCCUGGAAGGUUCCAGUGCUCCAACAACCUGUGCAUCAACAAGACGCUGCAGUGUGACGGCUGGAACGACUGUGGAGACGCCAGCGACGAGGACAACUGCAAGUGCGAGGAGUCUCAGAUGAAGUGUAAAAAUGGCCGCUGUAAACCGAAAUUCUGGGAGUGCGAUGGCUUCGACGACUGCGGAGACAAGACUGACGAGGAGAACUGUGUAAAAUGUAAAGCAGGAGAGUUUUCGUGCAGGAACAACCGCUGCAUCCCUGAGAAGUUGAUGUGUAACGGGAAGGACGAUUGUUCAGACGCAUCAGACGAGUCAGCAUGUGAGAGAUCUCUGGUCCUUCCUAAGUGUUCAGAGUUCACGUUCCGCUGCAGAGACGGAAGCUGCAUCAGUAAACUGAACCCAGAGUGUGACGGCGAGGAGGACUGUAAGGACGGCUCGGACGAGAAAGACUGUCACUGCGGGACGCGGCCGUACCGCAGCUCUCGUAUUGUUGGUGGUCAGACGUCGCGGGAGGGGGAGUGGCCCUGGCAGGUCAGCCUCCACGUCAGGGGGUCAGGUCACGUGUGCGGAGCGUCGGUGCUGAGCAACCGCUGGCUGCUGACCGCCGCCCACUGCGUCCAGGACAACGGACCAAAUAAGUACUCUCACGCGGACCAGUGGGAGGCGCUGCUGGGUCUGCACGUGCAGAGUCAGACCAGCGAGUGGACGGUGAGGAGGAACGUGAGGCGGAUCAUCGCUCACACGGACUACAACUCCUUCACCUACAACAACGACAUCGCUCUGAUGGAGCUGGACUCCAACGUCACACUCAACCAGAACAUCUGGCCCAUCUGCCUGCCCUCCGCCACCUACGACUUCCCUGCUGGCAAAGAAGCUUGGAUCACAGGCUGGGGCGCCACCAUAGAGGGCGGCCUCAGAGCAACCAUCCUGCAGAAGGCGGAGGUUCGGAUCAUCAACAGCACGGUGUGUAAGAGGCUGAUGGAAGACGAGGUCACUAACAUGAUGCUGUGCGCCGGUGUCCUGAAAGGAGGCGUGGACGCCUGUCAGGGCGACUCCGGUGGCCCGCUGUCCGUCACUGGCCCCAGUGGGCGGGUCUUCCUGGCCGGCGUGGUUAGCUGGGGCGAUGGCUGCGCUCGCAGGAACAAACCAGGCGUCUACACCCGAGUCACCAAAUACCGCCAAUGGAUAAAGGAGAACAGCGGCGUGUAG